AUGACAGCAGAGGAAGUAUACAACUCAGUCAAGGAUCUUCCAUUUGCCGACCACCACUUCAAAACCACCCCAAAAUUCAAUGGACCAAUAAACUUCACUCUUGAAAAAGACCCAAGUCGUCAAGUCACCUUAUUCACCAUCUAUGAUCCAAAAGAUGUUCCUUCCAACUUAAUCCAAGUCCUACAAGAUGAAUUCAAUCAUGUGGUGGAAGAAGGAUUAACCUAUCCCCAUCACAAACCACUACAUGGAGAGGUGUUUGUCAAGUAUUGGUUCACUCAUUUCGUAGGAAUCCUUAUCGAAGGGAACUAUACCUGCCUAUCUGACCUUGGUGAAUUAUCAGUUGCAGAAUGGUAUGAAAUAUUCUUGGGGAAUUUCUACAUUAAACCAAACUAUAUAGGAAGGUGUUCCCAUGCCUGUAAUGCUGGGUUUAUAGUCAAUCACAGGAAGAGAGGUUUGGGGUUGGGUAAAGAAAUGGGGAAGAAAUAUUUAAUAAUUGCACCUAAGUUGGGAUAUGUUUAUUCCGUGUUUAAUCUUGUGUUUGAGACUAAUGUUGCUAGUUUGAAGAUAUGGGAUUCCUUAGGGUUUGAAAGAAUUGGAUAUGUGAAGAAUGUUGCUGUUUUGAAGGGGUAUGAUAGAUUAAUUGGGGCAUAUAUGUUUGGUAAAGAUUUGCAGUAA